AUGGCUCUCACCAUCAACAACCUCCCCAAUGAGAUCCUGGCCCAGGUGUUCACACAUCUCGACAGGCCCGCGCCAUCUGAUUCGCGGCUGCACGAUCAGCCGAGCUCCUUGAUGCUACAAAACCCCUUCUUUGACCGCGAUCUCAAAACCGUAUCCGUGGUUAACAAGAGAUGGCGCGGCGCCGUGCUGCCCCUGCUCUUCCGGCAUAUUGUGUGGACCUUCGACCGCUUCGAGCUGCCCCUCAUGGAGGAGACGGGGGACCCGGCGUCUGCCAUCGACCUACUCUCAUUCCUCCGAGACAACAACCUGACGAACUACGUCAACACCCUGGUUAUGUUCGCCGAGGACGCCAUGGGCAGUCUAUCGACGCAUGGUGCCAGCAAUGUCGAGUUGAUGGAGACCGGAUACGCAAGCAGAGCUUCCUACAGCGAAGAACAUAACUGGUUGUGGAGGACGUUGUUCACAUACGUUGAUCCCGUACGAUUGACCAUCAUUGCGUCGCCGCGCGUCCUUGCGCAAUUGUUAUCGCGCAUGCUCUUCUUGGGAGACGCUUGGAACUUCGACAUGCCGCAACACAUCCUGUCCCUCUCACGAAAGGACAAGAAGACAGUCACCACCAAGUACAAAGCAGCCGCGGCCGCGUCAUCUUCCAGCCAUGCGGCCGACAGCGACGUUUCGGAUCAGAAGCGUGUCCCAUGCGAUCUCUUCACGAUCCGCCCAUGGCAGGCCAUGCUACUCAACGAAGGCUCGUCGACCCGCGUCUACAAGACGUACGAAUACUAUCUCAAGCGCCCGCCCUCCAUCCUCGGGGCCCUCUUCGGCGCGGAAGAGUUCCCCAACGACGAGCCGCUCGUCGCGCCCUCCAUCCGCGACUUCUCCUACGUCGCCAUCUUCCCCCUCUCCAGCCACUUCAACACCCUCGUGCAGAACAUCGUCCCACUCGACCGCCUCUUCGUGCAGCUCGUGCCCCGCAACGACAUCCUGCAGGACGCGGACGAGAUGCGCAACGUCGACAUCAGCGACCUGUGGAUGGAGCGCAACACGUCGUAUUCGAUGCUCUUCCGGGAGCUCUUCGACCCUGAGCCGGGCAGCCCCUGGCUGCAGCUGCGGACGUUCGAGAGCGGCGACGCGGCGGACCGCGAGGCGUGGGAGAUGGCUGUGCAGUUUGUGCAGUUCAGCGGCGUCCAGGGAUGGAAGGUCGAGGGCGAGGGCGUCUUCGUACGGGAGGACAAGGAGAGCGGGCCGAGCACGAUUCUCGGUAUGUCUCGGUCAGUGGAGCCGGAAUCAUGA